AUGACUGUUAUCCCAUUCGAUGGUGUGAUCGUGUUGCUGGGCGUGUUUGACAAUGGCGGACUUAUCCCAAUCGCUGAGUCUGAAGCUGGUUCUGUGCUCCUUGAGUCUUGUUUCCAGAAUUCUCCCCGUUUCACCAAUGUAGACUUUUCCACAUUCGCAUGGUAUUUUGUAGACUCCCGCUUUCUUGUGGUUUGGAUGCUUGUCUUUGUGGGAGUGGAGUAUCGAAUGGGGUUUGAUGGAGGAACUGUGUCAAACUUGGAUGUCUGCUGCUUGAAGGAUAAGUUGAAUCUUAUUGAAACUCUUGACAUCCGGCUUGAUAAUCUCAGUGAACGUCCCUCUGCAUCACGUGAUCUCGCUCAGUUAAUCUGCAAGAUGCCUCAUCUGAAGAACCUGACACUCCAUACCGCCAUGUCGCUUCACGAUGAUUUCUACUCAACAUCUUCGUUGAUAGCGUCAUCUGCAAAGAUUGAGACUCUUGACAUCCGGCUUGAUGAUCUCAGUAGACGUCCCUCUGCAUCACGUGAUCUCGCUCAAUUUAUCUGUAAGUUACCUCAUCUGAAGAAUCUGAUACUCUGUGAGCAAAAGGGCUAUGAUAAUUCCUCACUUCACGAUGACUUCUACUCAACAUCUUCGUUGAUAGCGUCAUCUGCAAAGAUUGAGACUCUUGACAUCCGGCUAGAUGAUCUCAGUGAACGUCCCUCUGCAUCCCGUAAUUUCGCUCAGUUCAUCUGCAAGAUGUCUCAUCUGAAGAACCUGACACUCGAUGCCCCCAUGUCGGUACACGAUGACUUCUACUCAACAUCUUCAUUGAUAGCGUCAUCUGCAAAGAUUGAGACUCUUAAAAUCCGGCUUGGUGAUCUCAGUGAACGUCCCUCUGCAUCACGUGAUCUCGCUCUGUUUAUCUGCAAGAUGCCUCAGCUGAAAAACCUGACACUCACACUUCGUCAAGGAAGAUGCAUGAUGAACAGUGAAUUCUACUCAACAUCUUCGUCGCUAGCGUCAUCUACAAAGAUUGAGACUCUUGACAUCCGGCUUGAUGAUCUCAGUGAACGUCCCUCUGCAUCACGUGAUCUCGCUCAGUUCAUCUGCAAGAUGCCUCAUCUGAAGAACCUGACACUCCAUGCCCCCAUGUCGCUUUUCGAGGACUUCGACACAUCAUCAACGUUGAUGGCAUUGUCUGCAAAGGACAACCAGAGUGGUAACAAGGGCUCAGCCACCCUGACUGAGCUGACAGUGGAUGAUGAGACACUACGAAGAUGGCAGGAUUAUGGUUCGAUGUUUGAUAAUGUGAAGAGGGUCACUAUACAGGUACGGAGCACGAUCACAUAUGACGUCAUCAGGAGGAUCCAUCUCCCAGAAGCAACAGAACUCACCAUUCAAUCAGAUGAGUUUAGAGAUCGACCGGCUAAUUUCCACGAGAAGCCCACUUCACUACCCGACGUCCUCCUGAAUAGCUUCCCUCGGCUUGUCAAGGUGACAUUUAGCGAUCUUAACAUUGGUAACAGUAAGAUGGAACUAAUCUUACAAGCUUUCAGAUCACCUCACAACCUCAAAAAUCUGAAGACUAUCAGAUUCAUAAGAUGCGGGACAGAUGAGAGAGUGGAUGAUGUCACCGUUGCUUGUAAUGAAGGUCAUAUCAUGGAGGUGGUCCACCAGGUGGAGGUGGUGCAUGGCAAACCACGUGGGUAA